AUGAGUCCCCUUCCUACACCAACAGUUGAGGCGCUCAAAAGCCGAGUCGAUUCAGCUUGCAGCGACUCUGGAAAGGGCCUCCCAGGCGCCUGUGUCGCUGUCGUUGGAAAGGAUGGGAAAUUAUUAUUUUCUCACGCAGCAGGACUUAGAGGAGCUGGCAGCACCGAGCCGAUGAGCCCUGAAACUGUCUUUUGGAUUGCAUCAUGCACAAAGCUCAUUACUGGAAUUUGUGCUAUGCAGCUCGUCGAACAAGAGCUGCUUUCUUUAGACGACAGCAAUCAGGUCGAAACUAUCUGCCCUGAAAUCAAGGCAGUGCAGGUCCUGCAAGAUGAUGGUCAAUUGGUUGACAAGAAGAGGGGAAUCACCUUAAGAAUGCUACUCAGCCAUACUUCGGCUCACACCUGUGGACGGGCCUUUAAUUUCGAUAAGAUUUCUGAUGUCAAGUCUCUCAUAGCUGGUUAUGGAUAUAGUUUGAUGAAAGAAAAGCUACGAGACCAUGCCCGCCCUAUUGGCUUGGAUGAGUUUUCGGGAUACUUUAGUGACUUCAAACAAGCACUAGUACACCAACCAGGAGAAGCUUGGGAAUACGGGGUGAGUAUCGACUGGGUAGGCGUCAUAAUCGAGCGCGUUACUGGAAAAUCCCUCAAUGAAUAUUUUCAUGAACACGUCUUUGAACCUUUGGGGAUUUCUCACAUGUCAAUGAUCCCAACCCAAGAAAUGAAGGAGAAGCUAGCUUAUAUGCACCAGCGAGAUUCAGAUGGUCGAUAUCAUGUUAGGGACCAUUUGCUCCGACGAGCACUGACAGUGGAAAGCGAGUCCGAUGUGAAGGCCUUCUUCAACAGUGGCGGUGGAGGAUGUUUCUCAACACUCGAAGAUUACUGCCAGAUCCUAGCUAUGGUCCUGAACAACGGCACUUCACCAACUACUGGAAAGCAACUACUUAAGAAAGAAACUGUGGACGAGAUGUUCCGUGACCAAGUUGGACAUCUUCCGCCUUUGUGUCAGAAGUAUGUUGCCGCUGCAAAGCCUGAUCUAGCAGGAUCUACUACGGGAUUUUAUCCAGUUGUUCCUGGGGACCGUCAGGGUUGGGGAUUGACCUUUAUGUUGAGCGGAUGCCCCUCAGGCGCAUCCGUAAAAACAGCCCAGUGGUCUGGCAUUCCAAAUGUUUUCUGGUGGUGUGAUCGUGAAAAUGGGGUGGCGGGGAUAGGCGGUUCUCAGAUACUGCCGUUUGGUAAUGCUCAAGUGUUUGAAAUGUAUAUAGACGUUAAGACGGAAGUCUACAAGGGUAUUUCAGGAUCGGUGUGA